GCACACACGCCCCGUGGACACGGUGUUGUAAUCAAGUUAUGACGGAGUGUACUUCAUUAGUUCGCAGUAAAACAUGAACUUCGUUUGUUAGAUGAACUGCAGGAAAAAUACAGUGCGUUGUGGUGGGCGAGUGUCGAGCAGUGAACAGUCCAGUCCCACGGGGAAGGACUGUGUGACCGGGGGAAGGCGGCCCCAGGUGACGAAAUGUCUGCAUAGUUGGAACGUAAUAGACAGAAUAGUGACAUGCACUGUGAGUAACGCAACAAUGCCUCACGUGUCCAAUGCCCGUGGCCGUGAGUGGUGUUUCCUGGCCUGCGGGAGCGGCGGGGCUCCUGCCGCUGCCGCCGUCACUGCCUGGAGGCGCUGGAGGCACUCCUCACAACGUGGCCAACGGCGCCUACUCUACUUCCUUCCGCUGGUGUGCUGCCUCCUGCUGCCGAAGACUACCCUCGCUACAGCCACCAUAGCAACUGUGGUGGCGCCGGGAACCACGGCGGUGUUCCAGCAUCACGUGGAGGCGCUGCUGGAGGGGGAGGAAGUAUUCUCAAAGGUAGCGACUGUCGAGGUUUCCAGGAGGAACAGCGACACUCUCCUCAUCCUCGUUUCCAACGAUGAACAAGAAGCCACAACCUCCACGGAGUCUGGAGGCCCAGUGGCAAGAGCGGUUGCGGCGACGGUGGUGCGAGACCGCGUGACCUCCCUGCAACACCACGCCGACGAGACGCCCGCCUCCCUCAACUACAAGCGGGCGCUCGUCUCCCUGCUCACCCCCGCCCAGCACUCCCUCAGCCUGGCAUACCACACUCAGAGCGGGGUGCUGGGGACCUGCGAGGUGCGCUACGAACACAAGGAGCUGAAGACCCUCACCUGGCUGGACGUGACGCGCUGCUCACACUUCACCUCGGAAAGGGUCCUCGGGGGCCACAACCUGCCGCUUCUCCACCUGGCCGUGGGGCUGGAGAGCAGCAGCUCCGCGUGUGAGUACCAGUGGCGGGAGGGGGGCGGGGCGGUGCUGGAGGGCGUCCGCUGCAUUGAAACGCUGCUGGUGGCGCCGCGCUACUCCGCCGCCUCGCAGCUCCUCAACGCCACCCUCACCUCCUCCCUCACCCUCAACGAGACCACGCCCAUCGACCCCGCGACAGAGAACUACAUGAAUGGCGCUAGAGAAACGACAGAUCUGACCUUCCAGCCUGAGCCAUACGAGGACGAAGAGGGCAACGUCCUUCAGCUGAUGGAGGAGGUGUGUUCUAGUGAAGGCCAGGAGCGCUUCACCGCCGAGCUCUUGCAGAAGUUAUCCCACUUGUCCUACGCCAUCUCGCGGGCCGCCUCAGACCUGCCGGACCUCCCUGCCGCCUGCCCCGCCAACGUCAGGCGCGGCGUGGCACUGGCGGUGGCAGUCGUUGGAGGUCCGCGCACUUUACAUUUCUUCGUCAAACAAUUGGCUGAGCUGUCGCUGGCUCCAAGUGGCUCCAGCUUUUCUGACGACGAGUAUUUCUUCACGCUGGCCCUGCGCAGCCUCGUCAACCCCGCCCACCACACGCGCACCUCCCUGCCGCGAGAUUUCUUUCUCCGCAGAGAAAACCAAAUCGUUUACGAUGAGCUCGUGGACUACCUGCUCACCCAGACACCGUCCGCCAUAGCCGGCGUGGCCACGCUGCUGGAGGGAGUCUCCAGGGUGGCGCCGCAACUUUUCCAGCGCAUGCUGCAGAAGUGUGGACCUUACUUGUUGCCGAAGGAUGCCUGCCAGCGGGGCGAUUAUGCCGAGGCUGUGCGGCUGCUGCGGACCGUGAGUGGCCUCAGCACGCGGCCCCAGGACUACGUGACCUCCCUCGGGCCGUGCUUCGCCACCGACAACGUGGACGUGAUCGUGGCCGCCAUGGACACCCUCAGCACCGUCGACUGUGACAUGCAGGGCGUGACUGAGCUGCAGAGGGUGGGCCUCGAUAGUCCCUCCGACUCUGAAAUUCGCAUCGCAGCUUACCGCGGGCUGGUGCGCUGUCUUCCCUCGCAGCCUGAGCUCAUCAAGACGAUCGCCAAGGCCCUCGACCCCUCGCACGACGACUUCUCGACACAAGUGGCUUCCUACGUGUGGAGUCACAUUCAGUCAGUGGUCACGUCAGAGGACCCGAGUCUGAUCAGCCUGCGAGAUCUGCUCAGCGCCUCGGACGUGGUGGCCGGCGUGCCUGACCCUGUUUGGUAUGAUCCCCGGCGCCACUCCCGCCACGUAGCCCACACGGUACACCUGGACGCCCGCACCUCGCUCACGGUGACCGGCGACGUGGCGUGGGGCAGGUACUCGCCGGCUCCCAGGGCUCUGUACCUCACCGUCGCCCUCCACCACGACGGAGACACUCACCAGUUGGUUCAGCUUAUGGUCCGCGUGACGGGCCUAGAGGCGAUGCUGCUCAGCGUUCCCUUGGUGGACGAGCUGCUGCACGCCGCCGCCGCCGCCGCCUCGCAGCUGUGGGCCACGGCGUCGCGCAUGGCGGGCAGCGGAGGCUCCAGGAGCAGGAGGGACGCAGUCCAGGAACAGAUCACGCAAUUCAUUGAGCAGGUGAUGACGAGGAUCCCCGCGGCGUACCGGACCAACACCUCCAGCGUCGAGUUGUACCUCCGCCUCCUGGACACCCACGCGCUCCACCUCCGCCUCGAAGACCUCCGCUACUCCUCGCCGUUGGACGCCCUGUUCACCCGCUUUCAGCCGCCACUCAGCGCAGCGCUCGUGGCUCUGGCGCCGCUGCUCGACAACACGCUGACCCUGGCUACCUCCUCAGGAGUGCCCUUGACCCUCGGGGUGCACGGCAUGGCCGGCGUCAACACCCGCGCUGAGCACAUCGCCGUGUUGGAGGGAGGAAUCUUCAACAUCGUGGCCAGCGGCGGCGUGGCCCUGUGGGGCCGUGCCGGCGUGGGCGGCGCGAGGGCGACUCCGCUGGUCAGCCACCACCUGUGGGCCGUAGACUUGCCCAUCACCGCCAGCUACCAGUAUGAGGGCGAGGAGCUGCGCGCCCAGGUGAGGCUGCCGCGGGACUGGCCGGGGGAAAUGUGGCUGAACCGCCGGGACACCACGCUGAACGGCGAACACCUGCCGCUCAGGAUAAGGCGUAGCUGCUUGGUGCAUGGCGGCCCCCUGGAGGUGUGCUGGGAGGCGCGGGACGGGGACGUGCUGGGGGUGGGCGCGGUGUCGGGGCGGAAUGGCUGGCUGGCCCCGUACUACCGCGCCCUCAAGCUCCCCAAACUGAACCCCGCAGACCCAGUCAACGUCACCGUCUCUUUUCCUAUGAUCGGCGCGGCACGGAUGAGCCAGCUGGUGGUCGAGGUUGGCGGCAACAAGUACACGGCAGGCCUGGUGACGCAACGCUCUCCAACGCCGUCCUUCGCCAUCACCCUCAAUACACCCUCGCACGCCUACCUCCUCAAGGGCUUGGCGGGGUCACGGGAGAGCAUUACGCAGGUGCUCAGCGUGGAGGCGAGUGUGGACCAGGACCGCUACGGCCUCCGCCUGCAACUGUCCAUGCCUCAGCUGGUGCGGCAGAAAGUGUGGAGUCCCUCAGCUUUCAUCACAACACCCGAAGGAGGGGAGGAGGAGGUGGUCCGCUUGUUCUUGUCCAUGAAGGAGGAGGCGGACGGCUUCCUCACCGAACUCACCUUCCAAACCCUCGGCCCACUCACGCACUAUCUGGACACCAAAAUUUCUAGCCAGGUCGCUGGUACGGUCAACGCAAUGGACGGCAAGAUGAAGACGAUAGAGGUCAGGUCACUGGAGGUUACAUCAUCCCCCGUCUUCAGUGUGGAGCUCAGUGGGCGCGUGUUCCUGUUGGGGCCCCCGCAGGGUCAGGGUCACUUCAGGGUGCGAUGGGGCGGUGAGGGCAACCAGGUGGAGUUCAGCGUGGCUCUGGCCCCGGCGAUCACCUUCCUGGGCGUGGCGCAGCACGAGCCCGGUGGAACGAGAGGGAUCUCCUUCAGGGUCUCCUACAGUGCCCUCCACAGCAGCAUUCAGGGGCCCAUGGGGGGCAGUCUGGUUCUUCUGGUGGACGGUAGCAGGUUAGAGGUGGACCUGAGUCUCGCUUUGGCCCAUUUCGGAAGAAUCAAUCUUUCUCACAAGCACAAUGGUGCCUUGGACUUUCAAACAGCAGUGGCCGUGAGGUCAGAGCCCCUGGGCGUGGCCUGGUCGGCGGUUCAACUACUAUUAGUGCAGCCCAGGGAUGUGCGGCACGAGUUCAACGUAUCGUGGUCUGAGGAGCCCCAAGACGCCGUGAAAUCCCAAGCGUACUACAGAGGCACCUCCGAAACCUCCUUUGCUCAUUCCUUCGGCGGCCGGCUGGAGUAUCCUGGCCAGCUGGUGGAGGUGGAGCAGACCCUGGAAGAAGUGCAGCCAGGGACGUACAAGAGCAAACUGGUGGCGAGGGCGGACCCUGGACGGACCCUCAACGCCGACACCUUUCUCAUCACGAGGAGAGAGGAACAUGUAUUUUCUUACGGUUACUCAAACACCCUCAGACUAGACACCUGGAACACACCUCUCAGCUUGAUGGGGUCCCUCAACUGUGUGCGGGCGAAGUGCUCACUCGGGUUCACAGCGGACCGUUCUGGAGAUCCGCUGCUGGACCUCAAAGUGGCACACAACGCCGCCGCCGGAGUUUCCCGCACAGACGCUCAGAUAAUGGUCAUGCAAUGGGUCAACGGUACAGUAUCGCUCGACACGGUACACAGAAUUGGAUAUUACGACCUGAAGUGGCGGCUGGCAUUGUUGACGUGGCAGAAGAUGUUCCACGGACGCGCUGAGGUGAACCUGCAGACUACAGACGCGGUGGUGUCGGAGGCGCUGCUUCUGGAGGUAUUGGAGGACGGUCGGCUUGGCGCCAUCACGCACGCGUACAACGGCACACUGAGUCUUGACCAGGAGGCCAGGAUGCUCUUCGUUAGGCAGGAGGUGCGGCAGGUGGAAGGGGGCGUCCCCGUUCUGGCGUGGGCGGUAAUGGUCGAGGGAAGUGUCGGAAGCUCUCUCCUCAACAGUUAUCACUUCUUCAAGGGGUCUUUAAGGACACCGGUGGGCCUGCACUACAUAGCCGGCGGCGAGGCCCACUCUGCGGUGCUGGGGGCGGAGUCCAUAGAAACGACGCUGCGGCUGUCGGCGGCGCAGGAGACAGACGUCCUCUACCUCCUGGUGUGGGAAAUGGACUUUAAGUCUCACAACGCAACCAUUAGCACUGCAAAGUCCAGGCAAGCGGCGGACACUGAGGAGACGGUCCUGGAGGAGGCCUCGGUGGGCACAGAGCUGAUGAGCCUGGAGAGCUUUGGGAGGCUGAAGACGCCGCCCACAGGGGAGGUUGAGCUCAGUGUUGACUGUAAACAAACACUCCUCCCUAAUGGAGCAACUCUCACAAGUCAGAAGAUCGAUGCGGACGUCCGUCUGACGCUGGUGGACGAGCAAUGGGAGGUGGGUGGAACGCAGGGCAGCCUCACGUGGGCGUCAAACACGUACUCCUUCAGCGGGCGCACCUGGCUCACGCAGGGGCAACGCUCCAUCGGCCUCGUGUCCUACGGGGCAGCCAACAACCAGACGCUGAAGAGUUCACACAUGAUGAGCGUGGUGGACCCGACCCAGGGGUGGGGGCGGCUGGUGUUGGCGUUGGAAAACGAACACCUUGGCGUCUUUCCUCAUAGCUUUAAGAGUUCGGCCGGCAUCAAGUUGGGCGUGGGUCUUGGCGAGGCCGGCCAGGCACAGUUCCUGGUGCUCCGGACGCCGGCCGAGGCUGCCAUCAAUCUGGCUCUCUCCCCCUUCCUUGCCGCGUUUCCCGGGGGAAACUUGUUUCUGAAGGUGUGGGGAGCAGGUGUGGAGGGGCACGCGGCCUGGGCACACGUGAAAGGUGGCGGCGGCCUGAAGUGGGACCGCGGGGGGCGUGACCUGGAGGCGGCGCUCAACUAUGAACACCCCGGCGCUGUGCUGCACCUGCUGGAGCUGAGUCUGUCCUUCAGCAUCUCCCAGCCUCUCUACCCACCUCUGAUCCUAGCGUUGGCGGGACGUUUUAACCUGAACGGCGUCUAUCACUUGGCUCUCAACUCCGACUGUCGUUCUGAGCAGAAACACUACCUAGUGGAGGGCGCCAUGCAGUACCCGGGAACCAAUGGCGGCCUCCGCGUGUUGCUGCGGAAGGUGGGCGCCACGCACGGGUCCAUCCUGGCCUGCUUCUUCAAUGACUUUGCACUGCAGUUCACGGGAGCCUACACCGAAAGGGACGCCGAGCAGGAGGUUCUGGCAACCAUCAACACCUCGCUGCUGCCGGAGACUGAUGGCUACACCCUCAAGCUGCUCAAGCGGGUGCUGGUGCAGAGUCUCGAGGUGGUGGCCUUCCUCGCACCGAGCAGCGCCUCCCGGGAGUGGGUCUACACCUACAGAAUCGUCGGCCAGAUGAAACGGGACAUCAAGGGGCGCCUGAGGGUGCUGGUGGCCGAGGACGCCUUCACGCACCACAUCCUGCAGGCCCUGGUCGAGGAGUACAAGUUCUUCGUCCUCGUUGUCCACAAUCAGUUUGAUGAGAUGGAGUUGGAGCUGAAGUUCUUGGAGCUGUGGCCGGCGACGAAGAUCACGGGGACGUUGCUUAAGGGGAAGGACUCGCAGCUGUCCCUGACCGUUACCACGCCCACCCUGAAGCACCUGGUGGAGGGCCGCCUCUUGUUCAGCAGUGGUGAGUGGCGGUCGGCUCACAGCGGCUCCCUGGUGUACACGCAGCGCGACAAGGCGGGCCGCAUCGUGCCCUUCAAGCUGGAGCUGGAGGCCCACCGGUGGAACAGCAACAAACGGAAGUACAAGUUGCUCCUCCACAAGACGGUCUCCGAGGGACACGAGCCCAAGGAGCUGCCGUUCUUGCCUGACCUUGACACCAGCAAGGCCGUGCAGUACCCCCACGAGCUCGCCAAAACCACGUCCGCCAUCACCUUCGGAGCGGCGCUGGAGGUGGCAGAAGACCCGACUUCAACCCAGUACAAGAUGACGUGGGAGACGGACGACACAGCGAGUCUCGGCAAGCUGGUGUUGGGCCAAAAUCCUCACGGCGGCAGCAGCCUCGUGCAGUACCGCCGGCAGGAGAAGGGCGUCCCCAAGUCUGACAUCGACUACCUCCUCGAGGGGAAUUACCGCCGCGUCGGGAAUGAAGUCACCCUCUCGUUCACACUCUCCCAGUCCUCUAUUGGCAGGCCUCGCGCCAUCAACUUCCUCCACUCUGAGUUAGAGGGUUACACGGAGCUGCUCCUCGACUUGUUCGAGGAGGCGGGCGACCAGGUGAUCCUCGUCGUCACGGCUCGCGGGCCAAACCUCAAGUUCAGAAUCGGACAAUAUGGCAACACCUUCCUGCUCCUGGGUUACCAGAGGGAGGGUGGUGGGGAGGAAGAUGACAUCUCUCACACGGUUCAGGUUGAAAAUUCCGGACGGACUGUGGAAGUGUGGUGGGGCCGAGCGGCGGAGGACGGGCGGCAGUGUGCGGUGGGCGGCGUGAUGCUGGAGACGCCGACGAUGGCGCCCACGUACAACAUGUUCAAACUGUGCCCCACUCAGGAGCCCUACGGGACAGUGCAGGUGCUGGGGAUAGAUUCGCUCGAGGGUCCUUACCUGAAGGUGGGCCAGAUUUCGGGUCCUGGUGGUCUGGGUCUUCAGGUGGGCAGCGGGCGGCUCCGGCCACUGGACACCCCGCCCGCCCUCACGCUCACCGCCGACGUCGAGAGGGAGGUGCUGGAGGUGCUCACAGACUGGCAAACGCCGUCAAUUUCACGCCUCGAGGAAGAAUUCACUUCGCGGUGGACCUCCCUGGUGGCGGCACUCAGGACCCUCGGAUACCCAGAAGUGAGGAUCGAGGGUGGCCUUGAUUUGUCUCCUUUCAUCCGGGAGACUGAAGACCUCCUCCUUCAGGCGUAUAACUUCACACACUCCACCUCAUUGCAAGUAUGGAUGAGCGUGGUGGACGACGGUUCAGACAAAGGCGAAGGUCUGUUCCAUGAGGUGGGGCUGGCCCUCGUGAGGCAGAUGGAGGCCCUCGUGAGCAAAUGCGUCGAAGCCACACAAUCUACUUUCCAUGCAGUGAAAGGCUCGGCGGAGAACUGGGCCACAUUCUCUGCCACCUUGUUGCAGAAUGUGACAGCGGACAUGACAGACACUCUCAGCGCGGCAGAAGGGCGAGUGCGUGGCGUGGUGGAUGAGGUGACGGCCAAGCUGGAGCGUCACCUGAGGCCGACCCUCACGUGGCUGCAGGCUACCCUGGCGGCAAUCAGCUACAACGACGAUCAGAGCUUGUACGCCCUGGUGUCGCGAGUGAUGGGGUCAGUGCGGGCGAGGCUGGGCCGGCGCGAGGGGCUGCGGGGCUACGUGACAGACUACGUGCUCAACAGGGUGGAGAAGGUGGUGGUAGAGAACGCCCAUUGGGACGGCCUGCGAGCUCGAGGCAGCGCGGUCGUCAACGCCCUGAAGAACAUGACACACCUGAGCGUCGUGAUGCCCCACCAGACGGCCCUCAAGAUCACGAUAGCGACGCCCGGCCGCAUGAAGAGAGACCUGACGCGGACAAUGAAGUGGUUCAUUGAGAGGGAGGGGCCGCGGCUGCUGCAGGAGGCCGAGGGGUGGAUGGAUGUCUACUGGGCGCGGGCACGGUACCUCAUGACCUGGCCUGUGUACGGCGAGGCGAUGGUGUUCGGGUGGGACCAAGCCAUCUCGUGGGACGGCCGGCAGGUGACGCCCCUCCUGACGGACGCGUGCCGCCACCUGCUGGUGUUGCUGACCCAGGCCGCCGUGCCCACCGCCGUCACGCUGCACAUGGAGAACCUCGACAGGCAGCCGCGCGAGGUGUUCACGUUCUUCAGCGGCAGCAACAUUGUCACGCUCGACUCACAGCUCAGGAUGACUUACAACGGGCGGCUCAUCCGUCAGGCGCUCUUUGAGGCCGGGGAGCUGACGAUGCGAUGGGCACGGGAUUCCGCCGGCAUCACCUCCACCACCGGCCUGAGCCUUGAGUGUCAGCUGGGACAGCCGCUCUGUCGCUUGGCCGUCAGCGGGGAGCACUUCGCGGGCACCGUUGGCCUUCUUGGUGUCUUCGAUUACGACAACAGUACCGACUUCAUGACGAGCCGCUGGGAGAUGCCGGCGACGGAGGAGGAGUGGGUGCAGAGUUGGCGAGUGGGGACGCCUGGACAGUGCUCCUCGCAGGUGCCAGAGUCGCACAUCUCGCCGCCUCAUGGACACCACUGCACCGACCUCUUCCACAGCCCUCACUCCCCCUACAGGUGGUGUUUCCGCAGCGUGUCGCCUUCGCCGUACUUGCAGACGUGCCAAGCGGGGUGGGAGUGUGCCGCCCACCAGGCCUUCCUCCACGCCUGCAGCCGCCACUACCACCACCUCGAGCCCAACCUCACGUGCAGUUCGUGCAUGUCGGAGGACGGAGGGCGAGAGCAGGGCACGGAGGGGCUGCAGAGGGAGGUGGUCAUCAUCACGGAUUUCGAGUGUUGGGAGGACCCGCAGGACCUCAUCACUGCUCUAGCUCGGAAUCUGAAUAAGCCCAACAAGGUGAUGAUCCGCUACACCGGUCGAGGCCCCCCGUCCGCCGGCCCCUUCCAGGACGUGGCAGAGACGGUGGUGGACAACGCCGCGCCCCCUGUCGUCGCCGCCCUAAACGCCGCCCUCCUCGACUUCUCCGAGCGCGCACUGAAGAGCAUCAUCCUCUUCGACUGUGAACACCCUCGCUGCUUCGUCUCGAGCUCCGCGGCCAAGACGGUGAAGCUGAGGGAAACGCUGCUGUCCCUGGGCGUUCAGCUGCACGUCAUCACCAUGGACUCCCUGGCUAUCCUGGGCAGAGAGUCACUCACGCGAAGGGCGGUGCGGCAGCUGAUUGGGCUGGACGGACACACUGCCUACCUGCUGUCUCACGCUCGCAAGAAGAGGGUGAAGGGAAAACGCAACAUCCGCCGCCACCUUGAGGUCCCCAUCGGCAACACCUGCGCGCACCUGGCCGUGGAGAGUGACGGCUCCGUGUUCUCCCUUCGCAACGUCAAGAUGGAGAAGAAGCACCACCGACGCAUCCUGCAGCAGCUGGUGGCGCUGAGGGUGGAUGAGGGGCGCGGGGCGGACUACCUAGCCUGCCGCCACUGUCCCUGCGGCGCCCCCUGCACCCUCUGCCGCCCCCCGCCGCCUCUCGUCUACCUGAAUUCUGAUGAUGAUAAUGAUGAUGACGAGUACGAUGAUGAUGGGAACCUGAGCUUGAGGAGUCGAGAAAAUAGGCGACGCAACUCCAGGCGGCGGCCGUGAGAGCAAUCGUGUUCCCGUCCUCCCUCUGUUCCGUGCACCCGCCCGUCACUACUAUUUCCCUUACAUUUAAAUGGUCUCAAGUAUAUUUAUGUGUGUGUGUGUUGCCUUUGUAGUCUAAUGAACCCUAGCUUAGCAUAACAUUUAGGGAUUAAUUUGGUUAGGCGCUCCUGUCCUUCCCGCCAUUAUCUUCGUCUCGAGGUAUUCUUACUCUUGUAUACUCUGAGGACGCUUGCAGUACGUGCCUUGUUAGGAGCAAUUAAUAGUUGUGGCCAAAGUGCAACGAUGGAGUUUCAUAUAUAGGGUAGAGCGCAUGACAAAUGUCCUUCAUAGGCAGUGGUUCCCAAACUUUUUCUGAUUGAGUACCACUUGAAGGUCCCGUACCAUCGCCGCGUACCACCUGCUUCCAGAAAAACACAUUUCGACCAGAUAUCAAUUUAUUCAUAAUUAGAACACACAAAUGAACCAACAACAAAGAACAAAAAUCAUUCAUUAAAUUCUAAUGUGAGGAAUGAAACUGCUUCUCCACCAACUGGUCGAUGCGUGGCAUAACUUUGCUUACAGCACAUCGAAAAUCAUGCCCGGGCGCAGCAAGACGGUUCCUGCUCUUUGACUUGAUAUUCAGCAUGACUGAGAACCCCUGCUCACACUCCCACGUAGAGGGGAAAAUCAGUAGCUGGGGGACAGCGCGAUGGGCUAGUGUCGGGUAUGAGGAGGCCAUGCUCACCCAGAAGUUUAUAGGACAGCAUUCCUUGUGCUUCGCCUAUGCUGUCUCAUCAGACUGGAUAUCUAUGAGCGCCUCUUGUUCCCCGGUCCCGACAGGCAGAUCGGCUGGGUCAAUGGAGAAUGGAUUGGUGAUGUAGGCACAACAUGUCACGUCUGGGAAGUAAUGCUUCAAUUCAGUCUUCAGCACUAAGAGGUGAUGGACGAUUUCUUGGGAAAAUUUAUCAUUGGGCUCGAUCUCAAGGGUAGUCAGGAGUUCGAACAUUCCUUACCACCAGUAAGGCCCUCGCGUACCACUAGUGGCACGCGUACCACAGUAGUUUGGGAACCACUGUUCUAUGGGAUACAUAUCAAGGAACAAACUUUUCUGUAACGCUUAGCGCGUGUCAAGUGUUUUGGUCGGUAAUAAAUGACUUGCUCAUGA